CAGUGGAUCACCGAUCAACGUAAAUAGCCGAAGACGUCGGCUCGGUCAUGUGAUCAGCUGUGUCCAAUCACAGCUGAUCACAUGGGACAUCUACACUGAUCAUCAGGGCACUGAUGAUCAGUGUGCCCUGAUGAUCAGUGUAGCCCCAGCAGUGCUGCCUGUCAGUGUCCAUUAAUGCCACCUGCCAAUGCGCAUCAGUGCCACAUCAAUGCCACAUAUCAGUGCCUACCUGUGCACUUCAAUGCCACAUAUCAGUGCCUACCUGUGCACUUCAAUGCCACAUAUCAGUGCCUACCUGUGCACUUCAAUGCCACAUAUCAGUGCCUACCUGUGCACAUCAAUGCCACAUAUCAG